AUGGGUUUCCAAUUUCAUCCUCUAGCCUUCGGUGUUAUGUUGCUUGUAGCUGCAGGCACAAUUGCUUAUACUUUUUGGAACUCGAAUAGAGAGCAAAAUAACAGAGGGAGGCAUAACGGUUAUAGCUAUGAUGAUUAUAAUACUCGAUAUUGUGGAAGCAGCAUAAGUAGUGUCAGAUCUCUAGAAGACAGUGAAGAUGAUGAUGAUCUACGAAGGAGACCUGGGAAAUGCACUAUUUGCUUAACGAAUCUUAAAGGCAGAUCAAUCAAGCAACUGAAAUGUAGACAUCAGUUUCAUGAACGUUGCAUUAAUGGAUGGUUGACUAGUAACAAUACAUGUCCUAACUGCAGAAUGCAUAUCUAA